AGCGGCUUGGUCAAUUGUUACAGCAUAGCAGCUUUGGCACCCAUAAGCAGGCAUUAUUUUUUAACAUAUAUAAAAAACUUGCCAGCCAUUGACCCGGACGGGAAUAAAAACAGCAACAACAAAGGCUAAUUAUGCAAAUGCCAACAGCAGCAACAAAGCGAUGGCUGUGGCUACUUUGGCUCGCUUUGAUGUGGCCAAGAGCUGUGAGUGGCAGCACUGAAGAGGAGCACUUACGGGGGCUGCUGACCACCGAGAACUUGCUCAUCAACGCACUGCGCGACUAUAUAGAUGCCUUAGAUCAACAGCUGGCGGCGAUUAAAAGUGAGACAGCGGCCAUAGAGCAACUGCAUCGGCUGGUCGGCGAGCGGGUGGAGGAGCACAUGGGCAAUCCACUCAAUGUGCUCACCAUACUCAAACGUUUCCAAAGCGUUUGGCCGCUGCUUGAGCAACAGGCGAAUGCCAGCCAAAAUCUGGCCAUAAAUCUUCCAGAUUAUCAGUUGGAUUUACAGCUGCCCAGCGAGGAGGACUACGAGGCGGCUUUGCUCAAUCUGCUGCGACUGCAAUCCGUAUACGACCUCAAGCCAGCCGCCCUCUCGCUGGGCAUAGUCCACGGCCUGAAGGUGGGCUCGGCCAUGUCGUGGAGUGACUGUCUGGAGAUAGCUCGCAAGUCGGAGAGGAAUGGCGACCACGCCGUAGCCAAGCACUGGCUGGAGACGGCGAUGGGAAUGCUGGCAGCUGAGCAGAAUGCUACAAUAUCGGUCAGCGAGCAGGAACGGGCCAGGAUUAAAAUACUGGAGGCAUCGCUCAAUAUGGAUUACCGUGCAGGUGAAUUUUUGAGCGCACUCACAACAGCCAAAGAAUUGUUGCUCCUGCGUCCUGCCAGCCGCAGUGCACAAAAAGCAAAAGCCGAGAUAGAACGUGCUUUAAACGGAAGUCCUGUCAAGUUCGUGCCCAACAGGAAGCUGAAGGCAAAGUCAACAAAAUCCGUUGAGCAGUUGAUUGUUGAUGAGUUGUGUCGGUCGUCCGCACAGCAGCCCGUAACAGGUAGCCGCUUCACAGAGUGCCGCCAAGAUGUUGCGAAUCUGCGCAUGCUGCGCUUGGAGCAGCUGAGUGAGGAGCCAUACAUCAUGCUGUAUCAUGAUGUGCUCAGCUCUCAGCAGACCGAACGGCUAAUUGGUAUGCUGGAUGAGCUGCCGCAGCAGCGGCGCUCCAGGAGAGAGGCCUUUGAGCCUUUGCAGUUCACUAAGCUGGCGCAGCUAAGGUUGCGUGGCAUCCACAGUCAACUGGGCAUUGGCAGCGUGGAGCCAGAGCUGUGGCAGGCACGUCGGCACAGUCACGAGCACGUCACACCACCAGCGGAGCCAUCGAGCACAGCCGAACAUGCGGCACGUGCUCUGCUCAGCCUGCAAGAGGCCAGGCUGGGCGGCGCCAUUGUCUUCCCGCAACUGGAGCUCAGCGUGUGCGUCCCACGCGGCGCGCUGCUCUACUGGAGUCAACGCAGCCGGGAUGAGCAUACAGCCACGUCGAGGCCAGAUUACCGAAGCCGCCAGCUGGUCUGCCCGGUGCUGCUGGGCACACAGCUGAGUAAGUAGAGCAACAGCGACACCUUCCACAAGAAUCUUCCUGAUGUAGAU